AUCUAAAACUUUCUGAGUUUGUAGGCAGAAGCUGAUAAUACAUCAUUGUAGCUUCUUUGUCUCUAGUCCCAUUUAUCAUGAGCCACAGGUUGAAGACCUCUGAUGUGAAACAAGAUGGCUGACAAUGAAACGAAUUGUCAGAAACAAAUAUUUGCUAACCUGGAUGGACUGACGUAAAGUCAUAAAGAAGAAAUUUACUCUACAACAACAAUAUGAAGCUAAUUAAGUCGUAAAGAGAACAACUGCUUCAUUGGACUAUUGGAUUGUGGGACUUCAUUUUUAUGACUUCUGAUUUAUAUCUGUGGGCAAGUCAACAUUUUAGAAUAACAGCCAAUAAAUCAUGUCUGUUGGGAACAUGCUCAGUUCAGGCGACCAAUUUUACAAUUAACUGGUUCAAUAAUUCAAUUGUUCAGUCUUUAAUAUCACUUUAUUGACAUUAAAUAUUGUUUGAUUUAUGGAAUUUAUUUACUACUAACAUUUUAUUUUCUUGAAAAUUACAUUUUUGGAAAACCUGGAUUUAUUUAAAAUUUUUUCCACCAUUGGGCUCCUUUGUUUUCUACAGUUCAGAGUGACAUCGGCACACCAAGGCCGCCAUCUUGUUUUUACUGCCUUUAUCCAUUUGAAAUUUGGACUCAAGUCUACAACGAUAUUUGAGGCAAAUUAAGAGUUUUUGUUUUGUUUUAGACGACACUUGUAAGACAAUAGAGUCAAUAUAAUACAAGAACAAAGUGAUAAUAUUAGGAGAAUAUAAAGUACUAAUUUUAUGAGAAUUCAUGUUCAUUUUUACUUCGGAAAUAUUCAAUCUUUUAAUGUUUAUGCAUCAAAUUAUUAUCUGUAUCAGGACUUUGAAACAAUCGUGCAACUAUUUGAAAGAAACAUCUACACAACUGAUUGGUCACGCCAGAGCAUGAUUUUUUUUCUCAAUAAAAUAAUUAUUUUUGUAAUUUUAAGAUGUUUUCUCUGGUAAAGUUGCGUCUUUAUUCUGCAUAUACUGCAUAUUUUCGUAAUUAAACACAAAGUUCUAGUUCCCUAAUACUCCAACGUACACUUCGACACUUCACAUAUUUUCUGUAUUAUUCUUUCUUUUCUUAGAAAAACAAGUGAUUAAAAUCAGAAAUCAUAUCUCUUAUGAAACAAUCAGAUAUUUUAUUUUUAAUCCAGAUUCCCCAGCCUGUACUUUGACGUAAUGUGGGUUAAAGGUAACUAGUUGAUCAACCUUUGAGACUUUUAAUUUAUCUCUGACAGCUGUUCAGGUUCAACAUUAUGACUGCUAUUCACUGAUAACAGGAAGCCUGCAAAAGGUGCAGAGAUGCGCUUAGUUUAUGUUUUAGUUUUCAGUGCAGAACUUUUGUUUUUAUCUCUAAGAGUGUAAAGAGAAGGUGUGUCUGAACAGUACGGACACAGAGUCCCUGAUAGGAUUUUUUUUUUUUUUUUUUGCUGCUGCUGGAUCAGCUCAGCUCAUUAAUGACGUCACGUUGGGGUGGAGCUUGUGGUGCGUUUAAGGGAGCCGUCCCUAGUCAUUCACACACAGCAGGAAAAGGACUCCGGACAACAGCAGGAUAAACAAAGAAGUGUUUAAGAAGAAAGCAAAGACAACAUGACGAUCGGCAGAAACUCGAGGAAAACCUCAACCCGUAGCUCCAUUCGGGCCCCCAAAUUCCUUGAUAAGUCCAGCGGCUUCUACGGCCGCCUUGACGAACCCGAGCCCGCCACAGACGACGGGUGUGAAAUAAGCGGCGGUAACGUUGAGGCUGAGGUCAAAGAUGGCAGUUCCUACUCCACAAUGGCACCCAACACUUUGGCAGACGAAGACGUGGACGGGUUCGGGGCGAUUGAGGACGACGGAGAGACUCUCCUGCGAAGAAAGCCAAGCCGCCUCAGCAGCAGGUGGAGAAGAAGCACCAGCAGGAAGCAGAAGGACGAGAAGGUAGAAGAGGACCAAACCCAAAACGAGAAGUCCAGCCCGGAAGUUCAGGAAGACAAGAUGAAGGUAAAGACGGAGGAAGAAACGGUGAAGGAGCCUGGCCUUGUUCACUUCCAAGUUCGGGAGUUUGCGGAUGACCGGGUUCUGAUCCGAGACAACAAGAGAGGGAGAGAAAAAGAGGAGGAAGAGUCAGAGGAAGAGAGGAAGAUGAAGAAGGAGCAAGAGGAAGGGAUGAAAAUGGUGAAGAGGAAGAAUUAUCGCAAGGCGUUUGACCGGGCGCUUCGUCGCGGCUGGGAGGCCUUCAUCACCAACCUCUACAGCGUUACGCUCACUCCUGUGACCGCCUCCUCGCCAACAUCGACCUCGCCUUCGCUGAAGAAGAAGAACCUGCACUCGUCUGUGCUGGCUGAGUUUCGGUAGAGCUGCAGCAGAAAAACAUGGACUUUUUAAAAUCCAACAUAAUGAAAUCAGGGCUGGAGUUUCAAUCCUGACAUUUACAGGACCUUAGAUUAGGUAACAUAAACAAUAAUUAUUGAUGUUUGUUACUGAGUCGUAAUUGCUCAGUGCAGUCUUAUUGCUUUGUUUCAGUUUGCAGACUGCAGGUAUUCAUUUUACCACCUGGAGGAGCGAAGCUGUGAAUUUUGCAUUGAAGUCUAACAUUUGUGACUGAGCUGCUCCUUUUAUUUUCUACUUUAUUCUAAAGAGUGAAAAAAAUCUCUUUUUUUGUUAUAUAUACAUCUCACGGUCAGGAGCAUGAAGUGAUGAUAUUUUGUUUCCUUUGGUUUGGCAUGAUGAAACCGCUCAUGUGUUGAUGUGUAACUGCUAAAGGAACUGAAGAUUUCAUCAGCAGCGAUGACUGAUCGGUGGAGUUUUUGUUUUGGUGACAUCCGCAUUUUUAUUUAUGGCUGAUCAGGGAUCAGCUGAUGUUAAGGAGUCUGGAUCCACACCCAAACCCACACAACCACCUUACACAUGUUUCUGACUCAUAUCCACACGCAAUGCAUCUGAUUAACAGUAUUUAUGGAAGAAUAUUUAAACACCUAUGUGCCAGCACAGAAAAACACUAACUACAACUUUUCAUUCCUCUUAUUUUGUUCUGAUGAAGGUUGCAGAAAUCUGAAGGGACAAACUACAACUUAGUGUAAAGACAAUAAUGUGAGCAACUGUGUAUUUCUUGUUGUUUUUUUUGCACAGGAAAUUGGCAAUGUUUAUCCUAUGUAUUUAUUUCCAUAUGAAAUUAUUUAAAACAUUAUUAUAUAACACAUUUAUAGUUACUAGAGUUUUGUGUAAAUUACACAAAAUGCUUUGUAAAUAAUUAUUUUAAAUAUAUUUUAAUAUUUAAGAUUUCUUUUAUUUUGGAGACUAAUACAACCCUGGUGUCCUUCAGUGAGUAUUUAAGAGAUGUUGACGAAUGAUUUUUGUAUAAAUAAACUGUAUUUGCAGUAAAUUUUUAAGAACUUU